AUGGUGCUAUGGAAUAAAGCAGCACUUCUGAAGCAACUUUGGGCUUUUUAUUUUAAACAAGAUAAGCUGUGGGUGCGUUGGGUUCAUGCGUACUAUAUUAACAGAGGUGCCAUUGAUACUGUUACUAUUAACAGUAACACUUCUUGGCUAUUGAGGAAAAUUCUAGAUUCCAGGGAGUUGCUGAGGGAUAUUUGUGGUUGGGAGGAAGUGAGCAAUACUCAGAAAUUCAGUAUUAAGAAAGCCUACAAUCAUCUGCAAGAGGGGUUUGAUAGAGUCAGUUGGAGAAGACUCAUCUGUAAUAAUCAAGCUACCCCUAAAAGUAAAUUCAUUUUAUGGAUGGCUCUUCUAAAUAGGCUGGCAACUACAGAUAGAAUCAGCAAGUGGAAAAGAGAUUGUAACACCUUGUGUAAACUGUGUGGUGUUCAAGAAGAAAGUGUGCAACACUUAUUUUUUGAAUGUGAAUAUAGUAAGUCUAUCUGGAAUGCAGUUCUACAAUACAUUGAGUUAUCUCCUGUUAAUACUGCAGUUGGUGAGCUGAGGAGGGUUGUUCAGAAGGCCAGGAGUAAGAGAAGUAAAGACAAGUUGUUUGUGAUGCUUUAUACUGAAAGUCUGUAUGCUAUUUGGCUUCAGCGAAAUAGUAAACAUUCUAAGGAUUCUAUUCUGAGUCCCCAUGCUGUCAUCAAGGAAGUAAUUUUCAAAGUUGCCUGUAAUUGUAAUGAGAAUGAUAGGUGUAGGUUGUUGUUGGUCUAG